UAUAAAACCCAGAGCCCAGUGCAUUCUGUGUAACUAGGAGCUCGAAGCAGCCGACAAAAAGCUCUUUUUUAAUACUUGCAGUCUUUUGCUCACUUGCCUUCUACAACAAUCGUAAUCAUGGUAUUGGAGGACUCUGAAUGCAGUGCCUUUGAUCUUGAGAUCACCGAGGAUGCUGUCGAGACUCCCUUUGGUAGGGUGCACUGCACCAUGAAGGGUGUGGCAAAGGGCAACCGCCCUACCAUCCUGACCUUCCACGACAUCGGCCUGAACCAUAAAACCUGUUUUGAGUCACUCUUUGUUCACCAAGACAUGCAUGAGAUCAUGCAACACUUUGCUGUGUGCCACGUUGAUGCCCCGGGACAGCAGGAUGAUGCAAGCACGUUCUCCACAGAGUUUACAUACCCUUCAAUGGAUCAGUUAGAAGAGACUCUGCCGAUGGUUCUCAACCACUUUGGCCUAAGGAGUGUGGCUGGAAUGGGGGUUGGUGCCGGAGCCAACAUUCUUACCCGCUUUGCAUUGAAACAUCCAGACUUGGUUGAAGGUCUUGUUCUGAUAAAUAUGAGUGCUCAGGCAGAGGGCUUCCUUGACUGGGCAGUGCAAAAGAUCACAGGCUGGACUCAUGCUCUCACUGAUACUGUUAUUUCACACAUUUUUGGAAAGGAGGAGAUUCAGAACAACCCCGAUCAGAUUGCAACCUUCCGUCACCUUAUUACAAACAACAUGAACCAGUCCAACCUUCAGCAAUUUGUCAAGUCUUACAAAAGUCGACGGGAUAUAGAGAUUGAGAGACCCGUACAAGGAGGGAACGUUAACGUACGAACCCUCAAGUGCCCAGUGUUGCUGAUAGUGGGUGAUAAUUCUCCUGCUGUGGAUGCUGUGGUUGACAGCAACUCCAGAAUGAAUCCAACAACAACCACCUUUCUCAAGAUGGCUGACUGUGGAGGUCUUCCACAGGUUGAUCAGCCUGGCAAACUUGUUGAAGCUUUCAAAUAUUUCCUCCAGGGCAUGGGCUACAUGCCAUCUGCUGGUCUGACUCGUCUGGUUCGUUCUCGUACAGGAAGUAGCUCAUCUAUUGACCGUAGUCGCAACCGUUGUGGCACAAACACGUCACAGGGUCAGCGUGGACGUUCCCACACGGAUGUCUCCAUGGACAGUACCUCCAACAGCAUAGAGCACAACCCUUCAGGACCCAUACUUUCUGUUAAAUGACUCUAGCUGUGCAAAUAUCAACAUUUAACUUAAAAUUGUAAUUGUAGCUUCUGAUAGGCAGGUAAAGUAGUUACAGUUAAGUUAAAAUAUCUACUCAAAUGUUUCAACCUUUUAUUUCUUAUAAUGUACAAUACUUUGUAUUAAUUCUAAAAUAAUAUACAAAUACACGGACAUUUCUGUUUUAAGAAGGUUCCAUGUGAUGUGUACAGCUUGGUUGUAUAAAUUAAUAUGUACAGAUACAGUAUAUUACAAUGGUAAAAUAAGCAAGAAAUUGUGUUUCCGUGUAUCAAACUAAACAUUUUACAUAGCUAAACAUUGCAUAUCAUUUUAAUAUGUUGUUAACAGUUAUGUUCAUUAUUUUACUGACAGUAUUACUAUUAAGGAUGUACAGAGGUUAUUUAUUGAUUUAAAUACAUUUGAUGUAAUAUCGGUGUGGUUAAUGUUGGCCCCACUGACCUUAUAUUGGUAAGCAAGACAACUGCGAAAUCUCUCUGAAUGCAUCUAAAAACUGUAUUAAAAAAAUAAAGUAAAUUUGGUGACUAACUCAAUGCUGAAUAUGAUUUUAAACAUCAGUAAAACACCUCCCACAAGUGAGGUGCUGUAAAACGUUCGUUUAAACUACAAUACAACACAAUAUAGGUAAAAUACACUAAAUAACAUUACCACAUAAAAUUUGCAAAUUAUAUUAGAUGUGUGGUAUAUAAAAUGCUAUAUGAAAUUUCACAAAUUCAAAAAGGAACGUUAUAGGGGCCGUGACUUUCACACAUUUGCACCUUGCAGUAUUUUUGUAUAUCACACUACAUUGGGUUUCAAAAGAAAUAAAUACAAGCAAAAGCAUAAACGCACAUCUUUUUAUCAAAAAGAUACAUAUACUUGCAAUAUUCCCAGAAUUAAAUACGCAUAAGGACCA